UUGACCCGGGCAAAAAUGAAGGAGGCAAACAAGAAAACGUUAAUUGGUCCAGUGAAUGGAUCGUUUGCGUUUAAAAUAUGCCCAGACGGAACUGUUGAUAGAAACAUCGUUCUCUGCAAUUUCUGCAAUAAGGAAUUUUCGUACCAUAGGAGUUCGUCAAGUCUGAAAUAUCACCUCAAUGCAAAGCAUUCAGGAGCUAAACUGGAGGUCAUGGAAACUCUAAAUGGCCAGCAGAAUGCAAGCAGUGAAGAGGAGAACCCUCAGACAACCAAUCAGAACAUUCUGAUGUUUGAACCAGUGGAGGAAAACCAGAAAACGUUGUUUGGUCCAGUGAAUGGAUCCUUUGGGUUUAAAAUAUGCCCAGACGGAACUGUUGACAAAAGCACCGUUCUCUGCAAUUUCUGCAACAAGGAAUUUUCGUACCAUAGGAGUUCAUCAAGUCUGAAAUAUCACCUCAACGCAAAGCAUUCAGGAGCUAUCCUGGAGGUCAGAACUCUAAACGAGACUCUAGAUGGCCAGCAGAAUGCAAGCAGUGAAGAUGAGAAACCUCAGACAACCAAUCAGAACGUGCUGACUUUGGAACCAGUGUAUCAUCCAGACACACAAGAACAAGACCAAGCGAUUGAGAGAGCUCUAGCCCUGUGGAUAGGUCGUACGGGUCUACCGCUCCAGACAGUGGAGGACAAGGACUUCGUUAGCAUGAUGGCAGUGGUUGAUAGUAGGCUGAAAAUCCCAAAUAAAACCAAGAUCAGCAAUCUCAUUGAAAGUAUUUAUGAGGAUGAAAGGAAGAAAUUUAAAGACAGACUGGCCACUGCACGGAAAUUAACGAUUGGUCUUGGUAUUUGGACAACCAAGGGACUCGGGGCUUCCUUCCUUAGCAUAAGUGCAUGUUACUUUUGCCCCGUGCAGAACCAAGCUCAACACAUAUUACUCAGUCUUGAAGAGAUCUCCCAUCCACAUGCUGCCCAUUCUAUCAAAGUUUGUCUUGACCGGUGCACUGAACUGUGGGGAAUACCAGAAAAUAAGAUUCUUACAAUCAUCACAAGUAAUGGGGGCAAAAUGGCUGCUGCGUUUAGACCAGAGGAGGAGGAACCCAGCUCAGCUGAUUCAGAAGACGAUGAGAGGAGUGAUGGAGAAUAUGAGGAUGAGGAGACAAGGUAUGGAGCCCUUACUAUUGAGCGAACACCCUGUUUUGUUCACACAUUACAGGUGGUCGUCAACAUGCUCUACAAAGAAGUGUCUGUUACACAUCUUUUGGAAAAGGUGAGAGCUGUUGUCAAACAGUUUUGCAGGUCUUCAAAUGCAAUGGAAAAGCUUGGCCAGCCAUGUGGACUUACUCUAAUAAAAGACCGUGUGCCAAGGUGGUCCAGCACCUAUCAGAUGAUGUCACACCUUAUCCAGGGGAAAGAUUCUGUAGUGCAAGUUGCAAAUGAAAUGGGUUGGUGUUGUCUCCUGCCAGACGAGUGGUUGAAGAUAACCGCUCUCCGAGAUCUCUUGCUGCCCUUUGCUCACCAUGUAAAAACCCUUCAAAGUGAUACAAUGUCGCUGUCUUUGAUUGUGCCAGCGUUACUGGACUUGACCUCUCACCUCAACCAGUUCUCCCUGGAAUCGGCUCACAGAGACCUGAGGGGUCUGGCACACAAGAUGAAAGUUAACCUGGAACAGUGUUUCAGCUGCUUCCUGUUUCCCAGUGAGACCAAGUUUUCUCCGCUUGCAGCAGCUGCUUGCCUUCUGGAUCCGACCGUUUCCAGAGACGCUCUCAUAGACAACACAGACGAUGGAGUCCAGGAGCUUUUGAACGAAGCGGAAAAAUUUGUCCUCGGCGCAUCCACCACGAUAAAGAACGAGGACGAGUCGGAUAAAGAUUACGGGGACGCAUCGUGGGAGGACGUCAAAGAGGAGCCUCUGUCAAAGCGACCGCGAUUUAGGUUUCUGUCUGCCAAGUUGGCAUCCUCCAAACAGCCAAAGCCACCCAUGACCAAGACUCUACAGGAGUUGAGAAAAUACAAAGAGGAGCUUUCUUCAUCUCAGAACAUUUCAGAUUUUGAGAGUGGCAUGGACUUUUGGUUGGCACAGAACUCAAUGACAUAUGUGACUUUGAAGCCUCUGGCACUAGAUUUACUUGCAAUGCCGGCAUCACAGGCUUUUGCUGAGCGGGCGUUUAGCUUCACAGACGACCUGACAAGGUCACAAUGCAAGAGGGCAAGAAUGAUCUGGGAAAGAAAUGCCUUUCUGAAACUAAACCAAGAUCAGUAAACUGUAAGAGAAGACACAGGGGAACUCGGGUCACUUUCAACAUAGGCCUCUGUUGUUUGAGGUACUGUCGGUAGGAAAAAAACAAACAAUGGAUUUAUAGAUUUACACCAUUUCUUCACAAUUACUGAGCUAAAUAUGCAUAAUGGUGUCUCGUAAGGAUCUGGUUCAUGUUCAUGCAUAGCAUUUGUGUGGUAACACUACCUUCUAGCAGGAUAGCUCAUAGGUGGCACCAAUUUAAAAGAUUUCCUGCCGACAAAACUCAGUGACCAAACAACGGAGUUGGCCGGAGUUCUCUAAUGCUUAGACAUUAAUGUGCUUGUGUUUGUUUUAUUCCCCCUUAGUUACCGGUAGUCCUUUUUGUAUAAUGUUUUACUUUCUUACCUUGAAUGUGUCUUCUUGUAAAUGUCAUUAGUCUUAGUCUUCCCUUGUGUUUCCUGAAUGGUCUGAUCAGCCAACUAUGUUUCCCCAGUGUGUCAUUGUAAGAGGUCAGUUUAUUAUGUUUAGUUCUGUUUGAGUCAACAUUAUCCAGAUUUGAUUUGAGUUAAGUUCAGUUCUGUUUUGUAGCUCUAGGCCGGAGAACUAUCUCUUACGAAUUAUUUGAAGAUUUUGUUAUGAUUUCAAGUUCUGAUUUCUGACCCUUUUUAUGUUUUGUUGGAAUAAAUCCCUUUUUGAAAACGUUA